ACAGGUACGCGUUAGGUGUCGUGCUGCGCGUGCGCCCUGUGACGCCAUAGGCGUGCGCGCGAUUGUGACGUGCCCUCGUGGAGCCACCGGAAGGGCUGCCCGGAGAGGGGAGAGCUCGGAGCGGCGGCAGGAGAUACUGCUGAGCCCCUCAAGUCUCCAGUCUUAGAAGAACCUUCAGAACUGGCUGUUUAAAAACUCAACACAUGAAAGGCAAGUCUUUGCAAUGAAAAUGCAAGAUCUCACAUCAAGAUUUAGUGCGGGAGAAAGACAUGUCAGCAGUGUUCCUGAAGUCUCCAGGGAAUGGAAUUCAUAUACAUGAAGCUCAGGAUCUGAACCUGAUAUGACUGACCCAGACGUCCUCACUGAAGUCCCAGCAGCUCUCAAACGCCUUGCCAAAUAUGUAGUUCGUGGGUUUUAUGGCAUUGAACAUGCUUUGGCUCUGGACAUUCUCAUCCGGAACCCUUGUGUGAAGGAAGAGGACAUGUUGGAGCUCCUGAAGUUUGACAGGAAGCAGUUGCGGGCUGUCCUGAACACUCUCAAGGGUGACAAGUUCAUUAAAUGCAGGAUGAGGGUAGAGACAGCUCCAGAUGGCAAAACCACUCGUCAUAACUACUACUUCAUCAACUACCGCCUUCUGGUUAAUGUGGUGAAGUACAAGCUGGACCACAUGAGGAGGAGGAUUGAGACCGAUGAAAGAGACUCCACCAAUCGUGCCUCUUUUAAAUGCCCCAUUUGCUUCAGCACUUUCACAGAUUUGGAGGCCAAUCAGCUGUUUGACCCCAGGACAGAUCACUGCCUGAAUGAGAAUUUGUGGGACAAAAAAACUUCAGGAACUUUCCGCUGUACUUUCUGUGAGACUGAAGUGGAGGAAGAUGAGUCGGCGAUGCCCAAAAAGGAUGCCAGGACACUCGUAGCAAGAUUUAAUGAGCAAAUUGAGCCUAUCUAUGCGCUGCUUCGGGAGACGGAAGAUGUUAACUUAGCCUAUGAAAUCCUCGAGCCAGAACCCACAGAGAUUCCUGCCCUGAAGCAGAGCAAGGAGCGUGCUGCUGCUGCUGCUGGUUCAGGGACAGCUGGCCUUACAGGUGGACACCAUCGGGAAGCAUGGACUACAAAAGGACCCUCAUAUGAGGACUUGUAUACCCAGAAUGUUGUCAUCAGCAUGGAAGACCAAGAGGAUCUUAACCGGUCUGCAAGUGAAGGAAAGCCUGCCAGAGAGAGGCCAAUUUGGCUGCGGGAGAGCACAGUGCAGGGGGCUUAUGACCCUGAUGAAAUCAAAGAUGGUGGCCGGGAUCUGGAUGCAUUCCAGGAACGUGAGGAGGGCCGGGCAGCUCUAGAUGACAAUGAGGAGGUGAUGCGUGCCCUGCUUAUCCAUGAGAAGAAGACACCCUCUGCUUCAACAGUCACCGUUGGAGGUGCAGCUCCUCUCUCCGGUGCCAAUGCCAGUGACUCCGAGAGUGAGACAAGCGAGUCAGAGGAGGAAUCCCCCCCCCGCCCUGCUGCCACAGCCACCACAACAUAUGGGCUGGAGGAGGAGGAGGAGGAAGAAGAGUUUGAGGUGGUGGCAGAGGACCCCACUGUCAUGGUGGCCGGGCGUCCACACUCUUACAGCCAAGUGAGCCAGCGCCCUGAGCUGGUGGCCCAGAUGACUCCAGAGGAGAAAGAGGUUUAUAUAGCCAUGGGUCGACGUAUGUUUGAGGACAUGUUUGAUUAACUGCUUCCUGCCAUGGCAUUUUUUAAAACGUGAAUUUUAAAGCCAGAAACUCCCUAGUAAAACAAGACUGAAAUGAAUCUUUUCUCCCCUGCCCACAGGGACACUGGGACUUGUACUUCCUAAUCUCAAGCAUCUUGCCCACCAAAGAGGGGCAUCAGGAAGGCUGCUCGUGCCAAAACAGGUAGGGGAGGUCAAGUCUCAGAAGUAAGGAAGUUUGUGAGAUAAAACUCUGCUUUAGGUGCCCUGCACAGGCACUGGGUUAAACCAGUGCCUCCACCCAGUUGUUUUGCGUCUAUUUUUGUUGCAGAUCCUAAGAAAUUCCACAUCUCUGCCCUCAAAGGUUGUGAGUGCUCUGUGGUUUGAUCAAAGCACUCGGCAGUAGAGGGUGUAAGUUACAUUGCAGCUGCCUGUGCUGAAUGGGAGCGAGGAGGGGAGAGCACUUUUCUGCUGAUGCAGUUGGGCAGGGCUUGUCUGCAGGCCUGGGCACAAAUAGCUGGUAUCUAACCUCCUGCCAGCAACAACCGGCCACAGGGCUGGUUAUUUCUAAGCAGCCUUGUGGGCAGCAACCCAUGUUAUUUUUGUUGCUCCUGUCUUCCCCUUUCUAGGUCUUUUAUGGAGGGAGGUUACAAUCACAGCUAUGUUUGACUCUGCAGUGUGUCCUGGCCAGGUUAUGUCUGCAUUGGUUUCCCAGGUAGUUGAGCCACCCAGGGAGGGCAGCUGGAGAUGUUGAUUAUAACGGAGCAAUGGCACAACCAGGUGACUUGUCUGUUGUAGAUAGGGGAAGAGUAGGAAGCAGAGCUCUGCACCAGUUCCUUGGACGUGAUUGUAAGAAUGAUCAGUUUCCAACCUGUGUUUCAGCCUCAGUGUUUCAGAGCUCAGGAAUUUCACUUCUAAAAUUGUAAGAACAUGUGUUUUCCUCCUUCUGUUAGCUCUAUCCUUUACACACAAGCCUGUGUAACUGUAGGGACCUCCUAGACCAGCACCUAGAGCAUGGCUUGCUUCUUCAGAGAUGCUGAGCGUCACUUUCCUGCAUUUCAGUGGGAAAUGUUCAGCACCUCAAGGUCAGAGGUAACUUGAAGCAUCCAGAGUGAAAGCCUUGGUAGGCACAUACAGUCACUCUUUAUCACUCUUUGUAAAGAAAGCCCUCCAUGGAUUUAAGCUGUCAGAGCACUCUGACUUACUAGGAGAUCCCUUCAUUUUCCAGUACUGCUGCCUAUCACUUCUCCCUAGCCAUGUCCAAACUCCAGUGUUGCAGACGGUUCGUAGUGGACAGGGCUGCAGCCAAGCAGUACCAGAAAACUAGCAUAGCUGGUUUUUACCUUCAGUCACACUAGGGUUGUAGCAUUUUUAAAAGAAUUAUGCAGUUUUGAAUUCUGUUUUGACACAUUCUCUUACCACAGAAAAACAUUUGCCAGUGCCUACAGAGCAAUAUCAUAUCUGUAAUGUUUUCUCUUUCAAUGCAAGUGUUGUUUUUUUAAAUUGUUCUGUUUUCUUAUCCAGUGCUACAAUAAAACAAAAUGAUAAAAGAAUUAUGUGUUACAGAGGGUAGAGCUGGUAUCAAGUGCUGUUCAGUUUGCAUGGGGAGGGUGGAUUCACUGCUCAUUGAGACUAAAUCUGUUUUAUACUAAGUAGGCUUUGUAUGUUUUGCUAACCUUGUAUUCCUUUGUGGUUUUGUUUUCAGCUUCUUGAUAUUUUGAAGCCCCCUUUUUUUUAAAUAGUGUUUUAAAUUUGCUUUUAAGUCAUUUUAAAGAGGAAUAAAUAAACUGAAACUUC